AUCUCUUCCUCAUCUUGUCUCAUUUUAUUUCAUAGAAAUUCCAAAUUAUUAAAGUUUCUUACUUCUUAGUUCCCAUUCAUUCUCCGAAAGGUUGGGACAUCUAGCUUUAUUGUCUAAUUUCCAUCAUGCUGAAUGAAUUGAAAACCACAUUGAAGACCAAACUAAUUUUUGCAAUAGAUUGUAUUUCCAUUUGUUUUAACUCCCUACAUUUUGGUCAACCAAAUUUUUGGUAUGAAGAAAUGGGAUGCAACAACUAGUGCAUGCAGGGGAGAAAACCCACCAAACUAAGAAAUACAUUAAAUAACAGAAAUGUGCUAGAAUAUACUAUAGAAACUUUGAAACAUACCCAUAAUGAGAAACAAGGCCAAUGUGAAAAAAAUAAAAAGAUGAAUGAUUUAGCUUGUUUUCGACUUCCACUAAUGAAGAAUAUACUGUAGAAGACUAAAUCUUUGUAUAUAUCAUAUGAAUGCAUGUUUAUAUAUGAGUAGCAAUUGAAACUAAAGACUAUUUUGUUCACUUGUUAAACAAACAGUCAAAAAUCUAGCAAUGGGGUCAACGUUACUUUACUCAUAUACAUUCAAAAUCUAGUAUUAUGGUCCAAAUUACCUUAUUCAUACUUCUCUGGGGUAGCAAUUUAGAGGGUAUUUUCUACGAAUUAGUAAAUAAUUUUUCAAAUAUAUUUCCUAUUAGCUUGUUAGAUAAAGAAAAAAGAUUUUUGAUUUUACUUGAAGAUAACCUAGUUGAAUGGCUAAUAUUACUUCCUUUACUGCAUUUGUUGAAAUUUUAAAUACAGUGGCCAGGCCAUGCCUUGAUAUUUAUGUCUAUGGAGUGAUUCUUCUACAAUUUCUGUGUGGACAAAAGAACAUCUCUAGUAUAUUUGUGGUCACUAUGAGAGGUAGAAUUGAAGAUGGUGAUGAUGUAAUUUGUGAAAAAUUAAAGAUGAGUGGUUGUAACGGUCAGAUAGCAGCCGAUAUGAUCAAGUUAGCUUUAGAUUGUACCCAAAAGAACACAAUCAGACCAUCUGCUCUCACAAUAGUCAAAAGGUUUGGUGCAAUUGCCGUACAUCAUAAGGUAUGGCCACCAUGCAAAGUAGACACCGUUUAUGCAUUUGCCUUUUAGCUAUGGAGUAUUAAAUUGUUGUAUGGUAGUGCCUAAAAUAUAUAAGUCCCUAUGAUUGAUGAGGCCAUGCUAAUUUUAUUUUUAUAUACUUUUAGGCAUUAAAAUUUAUGUCAAAGCCAUGCAAACAUUUCUAUCUGCCCAACCUCUUGCACCUCCCCAUUGGAGCAUUUGUGGAUCUCCUCAAUACGUGUCUGACCCAUCUCAACCCCCCUUGAUCAGUGAUCAAAGUGACCAACAAAACAACCAAAACAUGUAAACUUUGUGAGUGCAAUCAUCCCAAAAUCUAGAAGAAAUCAAGAAUCCUGUAUGUAGGACAUAUAUAUCAGACAUCCCAUCAUGAUUAUUUAGCAGAAAGCCAGAAAAUAUAAUGUCAUUCUAAUAAGUACACAUUUCAAAUAUAAGUACACAUUUACAAUGCUCGAUAAGUUUUAAAAAUAGAAAUCAAAGGCUCAAUUCCUCAAUCUUUAUAAGUACACAUUUCAAAUGUCAAUAUAUUACAAUUUGCAUAUCAUCAUGGAAAAUAUUUUCCUUGGGUAACUUUUUCUUUGGAAAUAACUACCGUGGUACGAGACACAAAUACAAUUUCUAUAGGUAUACGAUUGACACUUUAGCAUAAGACACGUACCAUUAGAUAAAUUCUGUGUUUGUUUGGUUUUUUCAUCAGAUAAUUGCUUAAUAGAGCAUCUGGUCUGAAAUUAUAUGACGUUCGCAGACUGCUGCCAUCGGGAGAGAUGAGCAGGUGCUGCAAAGAAUGUCUCAAAAUGUAGACAAGAAUGUAACUAGGAGACAUAUCUUCAGUAUCGGUGGCAUUGGUAUUAUUGUGCUUCUCGCAAAGUUGUACAUCCUCAGAAAGUCUUAGAAGGGAUGAUUUGUCAUUUAUUCAGAAGGACUUGGAAGGAUGGAUUCAGUUCAGGAUUGCGUAAUGCCUCGAACCUCAAUCCAGACUCAAGAUCUUAGCUCAUCAUCGUCUACUUUGUACAUCCGAAAAGAUGGCUUCGGUAGACCAAAUGAUGUUUGCAGGUCUCCGCAUCGUGGAUAUGAUGUUUUUUGCUGAAAGGUUGGCCCUAUGGUGGUUUAAUAAUAGUCGUCUACCCAACAUACUUCAUACUCGUCUACAUCAACACUUGCACAAAUACUUUAGAUUUUUCUUUACACUUUGUUUUCUAUUUUCAUAAUGAAUAUGUGGCUACGAACAAAUUUAUCCCGUUUAAAUAUAUUCUAACCACGUACUCUUUCAGUUUCAAUAAAUUCUUCCUGUUUCG